CUGGACAGAACGAAAUAAGAUUUAUCGACAAACGGUGCCAAUGCUCUUGUUACCUCAACACAAUUUAGAUAAUGACUUGUUUGUGAAAACAGCCUUACACUGAUAAUUGCAGCAACUGUGAGCAGCUGCUGAAACGAUACUCAACUGCAGAUAUGGCUAUCUUUAACGACAGUUUUACUGAAAAAUUUAAUGAAAGUGUAUUUUCAAAAAUAGUGAAUUCAACUACAACCGAAAACGUUAGAUCGUUUUACAGUUCUGAAAGUACUUUUAUAGGAAAUAGUACUGACAAAACAAAUGGUUAUGUUGAUUAUUACAGUAAUUAUACAUAUUAUGAAUAUGAAACUCCUAGCGUUCAAUUAUUAAAACAACCUCCUCACUUAAUUGCAGUGUAUUCAAUUGCAUAUGGAUUAGUGUUUAUUUGUGGAUUAAUCGGAAAUAGUUCGGUGAUUGCUGUGAUAAUUAAAGAACCAAGCAUGAGGAAUGUUACAAAUUAUUUCAUUCUGAAUUUAUCGGUGGCAGAUAUACUUGUUUCGCUAUUGGUGGUACCAAUCACGUUACUUACAAAUCUAUUUACAGGAUGGCGAUACGGUGCAUUUCUCUGCAAAAUCACGCCAUAUGUUCAAAGUGUAGUUCAGUGCGCAUCAGUAAAUACUCUGGCAGCAAUUGCGUUUGACAGAUACUUGGCAAUUUGCUACACACGACAUUCCAAAAUUUCAACAUGUGCUUCGCGGACGACAAUAGCUUCUAUUUGGAUAUUUGCCGGCUCAAUAAUGAUCCCGCUCUUAGUUUUCUAUCAGAAGUACAUGCACCCAAAAUUCCACGAAGUACCGAUGUGUCACCAAUUAUGGCCAAAUUUCGAUCUUCAAAGAGGAUAUUUUCUCGUAGCCUUGUUUUGUGUUUGUUACUUGUUACCUCUAAUUAUGAUUCUUCUAUGUUAUAUUCUAAUUGCCGUAAAGAUCUGGAAAAGAAACGCGCCUGGCGUUCAAACAAAUGGAAGAUUAAUUAUCUACAAAUCUAAAGUGAAGGUUUUAAAAAUGUUGGCAGUAAUUGUGAUUCUGUUUGCUUUCUCGUGGCUUCCUUUGUACGCAAUAUACCUAAAGUUUUACUUUCAAUCCGAGGAUUUAUCAGAGGGUGACCAAAAAACUUUAUUUGAAAUUGUCCUACCGUUCGCGCAAUGGUUAGGCGCGUCGAACUGUGGCAUGAAUCCAAUUAUUUAUUGUUUCUUCAGCAAAAAGUACAGGAGAGGUUUUAAAAAACUGCUAUAUUGCAGAUUCCAAACGCUGGCAUUCAGAAGACAGAGCAGAACUACACGAUCAUUGAGUACAAGAUACAUAAAUGUAGAAAAUUCCAGCGGAAAUGUAAAUGACACAAAAAACUGCCAAAGUAAAGAAAACAAAGUGUCAAGUAAUAAGUACAUGGUGGUAGCUUUUAACAACGGAAGAAUGACAGUGUCAUUCCGGAAGGAAAAUGCCUCUGACGAUUCAAGCUUCUAGAGGAUGUUACUCUGGACUCGACCUGAUUUAUAUUCUCCCUCACAUUUGUUUGAAACAUUGCAAUCGUUCACAAAAAAAGAAAACAACAAAAACACAAAAUAUUAUCUGAAGAUUUUAUGAGGGUUAUAUUGAUUAACAUGGUUCAUAUUUAAAAAGAUCAAAACAUACAUGUAUUUUAAAAAGAAUAUAUAUUUUUUGAAAUGUACAUACAUUGUAAAUUAAAUAAAAAAAGUAAAUUUAACGUUUGAGAAACCUGUUGUGAAGUAUUCACAUUAAUUGUACAUGUUUGAGAUGACUACAAGACAUAACGAUGAAUUUCUGAACAAACUAUGAGUGUUGUCAUUGAAUUCGUAAGUGUUAAUAUGACAUGUACAUGUAUAGUGGUAAUGAAAAAAAAAACAGAUAUCAAAUAUUGUCUCGUGAAUGUAUUUUAAAAUAUGGGCAACGGAAUAUUUUAGAUUAUUUUAAUGUUUGUUAAAUGUAUAUAUUUUUCAUGGUGCAGGACAUCGUGUAAAAUGAGGUUAUAACUAAACAUGUGUUUUUCUUGCUGAAACGUCAAUUUGCCAUUAAGAAUUGUGAAUAAAGUGAA